AUGUCUUCCAACACCAGCCACAUCUGUGUUGUUGGUUCGCUGAAUGUCGACUUUGCAGUAUCAACAUCUCGGUGUCCCGGGCCAGGAGAGACAUUGACAGCCAAAUCACUCUCCGUGACGGCCGGUGGGAAAGGUGCGAACCAGGCCGUCGCAUGUGGUCGCGCGUCUCUCACUUCCAGUGACGCCUCAAAAGUCACUGUGAGCAUGAUUGGUGCCGUGGGUUCCGACGACGUUUACUACUCGACUCUGAUCCGACCGACGCUAGAGGAUUCUGGUGUAGAUACAAAGUAUAUCGAGGAGCGAACGGACAGCCGCACGGGUUCUGCGACAAUCAUCGUCGAGGAUUCAGCGCACGGCGAAAACAGGAUCCUGGUGGUGCCCGGGGCCAAUCAUGCGGGCAUGGACGAUGUUCAGAAGAUUCUUGCCACGAUACAAUCCUACCCUCGACCUCCGGCGAUGGUUGUUUUACAAGGCGAGAUUCCCAGACAUACGACAUUGGGUUUGAUGAAGCAUUUCAACCAACCAGGGAGCCCGACACAUGUUCUGUUCAAUCCGGCCCCGGUCUUCGCAGAUGGCGUCCCAGUUGAAGCGCUCGCCAACACCUCUGUUCUGGUCAUGAACGAGACUGAAGCGGUACAGAUGCAGGCAUCCAUCUCAGCAGAUUCACCAAUCGGCGCGCAGAAGACAGGCGAGUUGAAACCGGAAGACCUGGCGAGGCAGUUCCAUGACAUCGCCAAAGUCAAGAUCAUCCUAAUUACCCUUGGGGCAAAGGGUGUGUUUUUCUCGACUUGCACCGGCAGAAAGGGCUUAGUGGAUGGGAUCCGGGUACAAAAUGUGGUUGACACAACGGCCGCUGGCGACACCUUUGUUGGGUAUUUCGCUGCGGCAUUUGCUGAUUUCAUCGCCACGUCGGCCCCGCUGGUAGGAUUUGAUAACGCCAUUGAGCCCGCUGUACGACGGGCAAAUCGUGCCGCGGCAAUAUGUGUGCAGAAGCCCGGUGCGAUGCAGAGCAUUCCAACGGCUUUAGAAGUCGAUGGGUGGACAGUGCCUAGGUAG